UAAACAUACUGCCACUAUUCACCGUCUAACUAGCGUCUAAACAGGGGUCAUGCCUCAAGCUCCUAGCUAAGCUACUCUGGCCUUAUUAUUACGACGAUUACGAGGAUCAAAACGAUAAAGCCAUAAAGCAUGCAUGUAUUCCGCACUUUAACAAAUUCAACUUCUACACUCAUUUGAAGGAAAGAAUAAAAUAAUAAGGGAAAAUCAUUUCUCCUUCAUCAUGGAACAGAAUGAACCUGCAGGGGUGCUAAGCUGGCGUCUUAGCUCCCAUCCUAUUACUCUGUUGUGUUUCCUCGGUUUUCGCAUUUGUAGGUUUUACUUUGUUUUGGUUGGUUUGGUUUGGUUUUGCUUGCGCAUGGUUUGAUUUGGGUUUUGAUAUUCAGUAUUUGAGAAAUGAAUGAUUGGAUAUACGAUAUGAGUAUAUUACUGACCUAACUUUCAUAUAGCAAGUCUCCUCGUCUAUCUGUUCGGCAUCCUCUUCACGCAAAACUUGUAAGUCUUCUGUUCCUUCCUUCAUGUUCCCCUGUUCUCCGAUUUCCCAAGCUGAAAUUCAAUCAAAUAGUGUCUUGAUCUUCAUAAUAACUAUCCUCCUCCUCGCUGCCGAUUUCUACUACCUCAAAAAUAUUGCCGGGCGUCGCCUCGUAGGAUUGCGUUGGUGGAAUGAAGUAGAUCCUACAUCUGGCGAUUCGCACUGGGUUUUUGAGUCCUCGGAUCCAAAUACCAAAAUCAUAAACCCUACCGAUAGCAGGUUUUUCUGGCUUGCGCUUUACUCGCAACCAUUGCUUUGGGUGGGAUUGGCUUUUGUGGCUAUUUUUAGGUUUGAGUUUAUUUGGUUGACGUUGAUCGGUGAGUUUUGCCCUUCUCUUGUGGGAUUUAGAUGCGGCAAUGAGAAUGUGUUGAAGUAUAGAUUAGAUUGCUGAUAAGUUUGCUUGUAUAGUUAUUGCCUUGAGUUUGACGGUUACGAAUACGUUGGCGUUCUCGAGGUGUGAUAAGUUUGGACAAGCAUCGAAUUUAGCGGGCAGUGCUAUGUAUGGUUCAGGGAUUGCAGGAAGUAUUGCGAGCGCUACGCUUGGAAGAUUCUUUUCACGCUGAACAAGAGUUGAGAAAAGAAGGUCCAUGAAGAAGUUGUGGCAAGGCAUGUACGGGCACAACGGUUAUAAUACCAGAAUGAAUGAAGCUUGAUAAAUUUGGUCCCUCUUUUGCGACGCAACGGGUUCGCCACGGCAUGGCUGGAGUCAAUAUUGUUAUGUGGGUGUUGCUAGGUACUAAUGUUGCAAUGGUGGCGUUCAAGUAUCAAGGUGCUGGUGUCUCAAAGGCUCUUCUGUUCAAGAUCAACAAGAGCUAAAUUAUCACUAGUAUGCAAUCGCUCGUACUUGGAAGAACUUCCUUCAAUGUAACAGUUGCCUCUUCGCAACGAAUUUUGAUGCUAUGCUGCUAUUGUGGGAGGAUGAAGGGUUGAACUUAAAAAUCCGAAAAAAAGGAACAUGUACUCCAAUAUCUGUACGAUUAAUGAAUGUUUGAAAUAUUGCGUUUUGAGUAAACGCUUUUUGGUGUAUGGAUCACGAGGGAUAAAGCCAGUUUGCAGUCACUCUCAUAUGAUUACCUACUAUCUUUUGAAAAUAAUAGCCCCAGCAGUGUUUUC